AUGGACGACUGCAACGGCAAUAACGACAAUACUUUUACCAUCCCCAUUAUUCCGCAUACAGAGUACGAGAUGCUUUGCGUACAGGCAUCCAGAAGAGCCGGAGGUGAUCCAACCAAAAGCAAACGAAUUAUACAAGAUCACUUGGAAAAGGAGCGGCAGAAAAUCUUCAUAAGAGCCAGGAGAAUAUCGUUGCAGGCGCAGUUUGAUGAUAAUAUAUCCAGUGAGCUGGUGCCCAUGAUCUUGACCGUGGUGUCUCUAGCAAGGUCAUUGAAGGAAAAGCAAAUCGCAAUUGCUCAAGCAUUGGGCUACGAAUUUACUGGGGACGACCAUUUCGUUGUUGAUCCAGAGGGAAAGAAUGGCAUGGAUAACACAUUCGAGAAAGAACCAUCACAUUCAUUGUCCUUGCCAACGGCACCUCAUGUGGUCGAUGUAUCUCCUCCGCCCGGGAAAGUGAGUCCAAACAUCAAGCUGUCGCAACGAAGAACGAAACCUCAGAGAAAAGUCUGGAAAGGCCAGUCUGCGCACACGCCCAGAGUUGGAAAUCGGCAAAGUGCCCGUCUUGCGGCCCGACGUGCGACCGCCCGUCUUGGGGCCAGCGCCCCUGGCCGAAAGCCCAACCCAUGA